AUGUCCAACUCAAACUUUUCAAACUUCAGCGUGUCUGCUGUGUACUCCCAAAAUGAGGUUAUCUUGGCCAAUGUGGUCGCUGAAGAGGCCUCUCCACAACUCAGUUUGAAUGAUGCAGUUUUCGAACCGUCUACUGCUGUCACCACCACUGCCGCUGCCCCAGGUGGGAUCAAUGAUCCCAUUAUCGCUACCACCGCUCUUGUCACUAGUACCGAUGGGCCACAAACCGGUUGGAUGAAUCAACUCUUUGAAGCUCCCUCCCCUCACCUCACAGGUGCCAAUGCCCCAGCCACCCUGGUGGAUAUGGGCCCAUUGCAUCCUGUGGGUACAGCCGACCGCGAUCAAUUUGAUCGCGCUCACCAGGUAGUGGUUCAAGUGACGUUCAAGAUCCACCCUGGAAACGAGGUCGUCGUCACCGAGCCGGAAGAAUCCGCCAACUCGACUUCAAGCAAGGCUCCUACCGCUCGUCGAUCUGUGGGAACCACCGUCAAUGUAAUUGACUCUAAGGUAUUCAACGACGGUGUAGUCAUUGAGUGGCGUGGUUGCCUGGUUGGCCUUUCCUUGAAUCAAUUCAAGGAAAGGUGCGGUGAGAUAUGUGAGCGCUACGCGCCAGGUAUGCAGCAAAUGGUCCUCAACUCCGAAGUGGCACCCAAUCUUAGUUGGAAGGCGUCCGUUGGGCGAACUUCUCCCAGCUUUGUCCUGGUAGACCAUCUCAAGUUCUUCGACUUCGUCAACAGUUUGACCAAGUCCCGAACUCGUUGGGCAACACUUCUAAUUCAUAACGAGUGUUCCAAGGCAGUUGGAAAAAAAAAGGCACAGCAUCUUUCCUCUUAG